UGUACUGAUUCCAUAAUAAUCCUCCCCAGACGCACCGUCUAAUUUUGACCUGGCAUUCAGAGGCAGUCAUUGAAGGCAAUUUGUCACUUUGCAUCAUGCCGUCGAUGAACUACUGCGAGCGUUCACCAUAAUGAUGUGGAUUUGCACGGUUACAGCUGGGGGGGCCAUCCGGUCCUAUGCAACCCAGAGCUCUGGACAGACACUGGACAAUGCAGAGUUUGCUAUCAGCAAUCCUGGGGCAUUGCAAGUCUACAUUCAAGGGUAUCAGUUUACUUCCUUUGUCUCUGUGAGUGACAACCACUGGCAUCAUCUGGCCGUCACAUGGGACAGGCACGGUGGCAUUCUCAAGAUCUACCGAAAGCUGUCAGUGGCUGCAGCACCCAGAGUCCUGCCGACCACACCCACAGACGGUGCCACCGAUCACUUGAGCCGAUCCAAAUUACCAUCAAGCUGGAACGUGAUAUCCAUGGCCCAGACCAACAGAACCUGACCAGUGAACAAGUGACCACCCAAAGCAGCAUGGCGGCGGCCGUCAGUGACCUGCAAGACUCAGCGCUUCGUCUGAUCAAUCAUUCUGCAUCAGGCCUGUUUGCUGUGAACAUGGAUGCUCAGGUUUAUGAUAUAGACACUGAGAGGACCCAGACCUAUGGCACACAAGUCUGUCCCCAUGGCUCGGUGCAGAUUAGAGAUUACGGGAGGCACGAUGUGGAGGCUUGUUAUGCCUGCCCACCUGGCAUGUACCAAUCACAAGAGGGCAGCACCUACUGCCAAGCCUGUCCACGUGGACAUACCACCGUUGGCCCUGGUGCCACAGGGGAAGAAGAUUGUGUGGUCAUCACACUGUAGUCCCUAACUGACAAGUUUACAAGAUCAUCUAAACUCCUGAUCUCCUUUGUGAAGCCUUUUACAUAGGAAAGCUUUCAUUACGCUACUUUUGUAACAUCAGCCUAAUCCAACUUAAGCUGAUACCCAGAUUCUUGGUAUUUAAGCAAUUGAUGAUUAAUGGAAUAAAAUGUGACACAUAAUGUAACUGGACGUUGAUGCUCUCUAGUCAAAAUUAAGACUUUAAAUUGAAGGAUGCCACAACAAUAAUGGAAAAGUAAGUAGAAAACAACUCCAUGGCCACACCAGAAUAUUCAGAAAGAAUACUUGGGAAAAAUGAUGAUAAACCAUUGCAAAAGAAAAAAAUUGAAAGUAUUUGCAAAAUGUGAACCAGAUGACGAGCGAUGUAUAAUUGCAGUCUUUGGUAGUUCAGUUUGCAUGCAUGGACAGAAGUGCAUUUCUAAAAUGAAUGAUGCUAAUUCCAAAUUUGCAUAUGUUACCAUAAAAAUCUGAUAAUGUCCAAAAAACACGUUUGAGUGCCUGAGCUCUUAAGCAGUAGGAGCAUGUGCAUGCAAUCUGUAUUCCAUGCUUUAAAAGGGCACACAGAAUGUCUCUGAGUGCCAGGUUUAGGGAAUUUUAGUUGUGGAAAACUACAUUAAACAGAUGCAUUUUCAACAUCCACAGAAACUUUAUUUCAGCAGGGUUUUAGAAGGAAUUGCAGACCAGAUAGCUCGAUUAAAAGUGAGAUCGAUUCAGAGAUCAUAGAACUUGUAUUGGCAUGCAUUGUGCCACAUUUGCCAUCAAAUUCUAAUCACACGUGUCACUUUGAUCGUUUUUACCCCUCAUUUUCUCAAAAGCUGAAAGAUCUCACAAAAUUUUUGUUUUGUCAGUGUCAUAUUCUUUGAAAUUUAGUCAGUCUUUGUGUAGUUAGCUUUGUAGCUGUCGUCAGGUGCCAAAAAGAUUGCUACUUUUUACUCUUUUUUUUCAAUUGCAGAACAUUAUGUUUCUGCUAUUCAAAGCUUUACUUCUUAAACCGUAAGUUCGUAUGAUUUUGACAUCUGUUUAUUGGUACAAAAUCGUCAUAUACACUCACUCAGAAGAAAAGUGAACUUUACCAGAGGCCUUGUUUUUGCUUUUUUGAAACUAAAAUUGAACAUAUAUGUACUAUUUUUAAUGUGACUCAUUUGCUCAGUGUGUAAUAAAACAGGUUUUACAUA